CUUUCAUUUAUGAACGCGCGUCGUCUUUUGGAAUUCCCGCUGAUCAAAGCCACCCUCGCAGUAUUUGGCUCUUCCCCGAAAAGGAUGGAUACCUAAUACGGGAUCGAUCUAAUACUCAGGUAAGACCGACAUUACAGUUACAUUCAAGAGAAAGAACAAGGCAACACUUUUGUCCGCUUCAACUUGUCACAUUUUAACACAUUUUAACACAUUUUGACACAUUUAAGACUAUACACGACUAUACACGACUACACACGACUAUACACCAUUAUACACUACUUCCCUUCACUACGUACAUUCCUCCGUUGCUCACUUUAAACGCCUAACUAAACGCUACUCUGCCAAAAAAGAAUAUCUUAGCCCCUUCUAGUGUGUGGAAUUAACCAUCCCUUCCGUCUUUUUCAUCAAUUUAACUUGACCACUUCUAAACAAUCUCUCCAUCUUGAAUUUAUUCACUUGAUUUAUUUAUUUAUUUAUUUAUUUAUUUAUUCGUUCAUCAACAAGAAGUAGAGGGAAAUUCAAAAAGGGAAGAAAGAAGUAAGGAAAGUAAGGAAAUAAGGAAACAAAUCAAAAGGAACGCAGAAGAUCAACACCAUCAAUACCUAUCAUCAAUACCAUCAACAACAACAACAACAACAACAACAACAACAACAAUACGAAGAAUAAAUCAAUCAUCCAAUCGCAUCAUCAAAUCAUCGAGUCAUCAACUACACCCAAACAAUCAAUCGUUCAAUCCCACAGAACAAUUCAUCAACAACCGCCCUCACCGUCCAUCGCAAUCAUGAAAUCCGAAUCAAUCUCAUCAACACCUCAAGUUGCUUGUUUAGAUCCUCUCGAAUUAAUCGAUUAUACCGAAUAUGAAACUGUAUCAUAUCACUCACCGUCUCUCUCGCCAUCUUCAUCAAAAUCACAAUUUGUACCAACAUCUGUAAGAUCAUCCGUAGUAUCUACACCGACUACAUUACCUUCAUCAGAUCAACCAGCUCUUUCCGGUCCAAGUCAUCAAUACGAUCUUUAUAGACAACAAACUGGUAUUCCACAAGGUGCCAUCGCAAAUACUUUGGCAGUUAACGAAAACAAUGGCCAUAUCAAUAGAUAUAACUUUCAAGAUACAUCAUACUUUUCCGCCAUGAGUCCAAGUGAGGAAUUUGUGGAUUUUGGAUCGGCUCCAUCUCGUACACCAUUUCAUCCAUCCGAUGUGGAAAUGGAUCAAGAUCCAGCAUUCUUUUACCCAGAACAAAAUUUUGUUGACCCAACCAAUAUUGGUCCUCAAAAUCUACCAGUCGGUAACGUCUUACCACCACAGUCAAGUCAUGUCGGUCGUCUUUGGCCCGGGAUGCAUCAACAACAAGCCGCUCUUGCAAAGGCUCAAGCACAACAGAAGCAACAACAAGCUAUUAUCGCACAACAGCGACAAAAUGCUAUGGCUGCAAAUGGUCAACAAAGACAACCUCAACAACAACGUUCCAGAGCACAUACUGGUACCGAUCCUAUUGUCGAAGAAAAGAUUGCUCAACUUCUUAAAUCAAUGAGACAAGGUAGUGUCGUUACUGAUGGUGAUGAGGGAAAUUCUCAAAACCUAACACAUGUUCAUCGUAUGCGAAAGGAAGAAGAAGAUAUGGAUGAAGAUGAAAGAUUAUUGGCUAGUGAGGAAGGAAAGAAACUGAGUAGCAAGGAGAGAAGACAGCUUAGAAAUAAGGUUUCAGCUCGUGCAUUCAGAUCAAGAAGAAAGGGUAAGCAUAUUAUGAGGAUUGAAAUGGAAUAGAAUGCUAAUAUGUGAUAGAAUACAUCAGUCAACUCGAAGGAGAAAUUGCUGUCAAGGUUAAUGAGAAUAUGGAUUUGAAAUCCCAAAAUAGAGCAUUGAUGGAAGAAAAUACUCGUCUAUCAGAUCUUACGAGAAUGCUUCUUUCCUCACCUGCAUUCUCUGGUUUCCUCGAUACUUUAUCUUCAAACCCAGCUGCUCGACAAGCACCACCUCCACCUCAACAAGCUCCCAUUCAACAUGAACAACCAAUACAAGUCAGAAAGGAUGUCAAUCCAUAUGCUGUUCAACAACAAAUCCAACAACAGCAACACAUUGGUAUGGUCAUGAUUCCAGAACAAGCUAUGGAUUUUGCUAUGCUUGAUAUUAAUGCCGAUGGAUUUGGUUAUCAACCACAAGUUUACUCUGUUCUUUCUCUACCAGAACUCGUCAUCGAUUCUUCAAUUCUCUCAGGAAAGUCUUCGGAUCUCGUUGCUCCAUUAGAGUUUGAUGACGUAAAGGUAGAACUCCCAAUUGUUGAAAGGAAAUUAGUUCAUGAACUUGCACCAUCAGCUGUUGUUGAGGAAACUGUCGAUGAAGAAUUCGAUGCCGAUCCAGCAUUCGCUCUUUUCGCAGAAGAUACUACUUCAGCUCCAUCAACGAACUUCAACUUCGAUUUCGAUUUCUCUACUCUUGCCCUUAACAAAUCUUCUCAAUUCGAAUUAAUCGUUCAUGAUAUCGAAAGCGAAAAAUUAAUCUCAACUAAUGCUUUUGAUAGAGCAUCUAAGUUAUGUAAUAACCUGGACUCAUUGAUGGAGAGAUUAGAAGCAAUGUUCUUGUAAAGAUAUUUAUUGAAAGAGAUGUUGGUGGAAGAUGGGAGAUGAGGUAAAGGAGGAAAAGCUUGUAUUUGUUGCUGCGGUUUAGCGUUUCUUUUGUUUUUUUAAGUCGUCAAAUUCUUAUUACUUACUCAUUUAUAAAUCUUCUUUUGUUUGUGAUUUUUAUACAUCUUUUUUGCAUCGUUUUUUGCAUUUUUACUUUCUUGGUUGGCUGUUUUGUUUUGUUCUGUUUUCUGAGGGCUUGAAGAUAUUUGAAUUCGUUGUUGCUUUUUGGGGCUGGGCUGGAUUGGGAUGAAUUGAGUUGAAUUUGGAUAGAUAGAUGAGUUUGGGUUUGAUGAGUCUGGGUUUGAUGUGAGUGAGAAGGAUAGGAAUGGGAAUAAGAUAAAGAAUAUGAUGUAGCUUUGCUUGUAACUUUACUUGCUUGUAGCUUGUAGGGGAAAUAUAUGCUUUUAUAUCUUUAUAUCGCUAUUGGGAUGAGUGAGGAUGAGGAUGUGGGCGUGAUUGGCGAUAUGAAUGGAUGGAUAGAAGGAAAGAUUGGGUUGGAAGUAGCAAUAGCAGUAGGAUAGUGAGUGAUAG